AUGGGGCGCACUAAACGCCCAGAGCAGCCCCAGACCCCACGGAUAGCCUCCCAGGGCCAGUUGGACGGAUAUCUGCAGCAGCAGCCAGGGGGGAGCGGAGACUCUGGCAGCCCCAAGAUGGCGGCGACAUCCACUCCCGGACAGGGGAUGCCGGCCCUAGACCGGAUUGAGGGCUCCCUGAGGGACCUGGCAGCCACCAUGGUGACAAAAACCGACCUUCAGGUGAUAACUACCACCAUACAAGACACAUUGCGGACAGAGAUCGCGGGGAUUCAGACAGAGCUCACUGCGCAGGCGGGCCGCAUUACCGCGACGGAGGAAGCAACUGAGGCCCUCACGGCCCGAGUGGCAGCCACUGAUACCGCUGUAGCACGCCAGGGCGAGAUGCUGCUUUCCAUGCGUCGACACCUGGAAGAUGUAGACAAUAGAGGUAGGAGGUGCAAUAUCCGGGUUCGUGGGGUACCAGAAACCGAGGGGCCAGAAAAUGCUGAGGCUUUACUAACGGAAUUAUUCUGCUCUCUACUGCCACCAUCCCCACCGCCAACUAUAGAAUUCGAGAGGGCAAAUAGGGCCUUGCGGUCUAGAGCAGCUGAAGAAGGGCCGCGUGACCUAAUAUGCUGUCUACACUCAUUCCCGGUGAAGAACUCCAUCAUGGCCAAAGCCCGGGAAAGACAGAAUUGGCCCUUUAGGGGAGCGCAGGUUUCGCUUUAUAAUGAUUUAUCCCCCAUAACGUUGGAAGCAAGGAGAGCCCUCCGCCCGGUUACAGCGACAUUGCGAGACCGCAAUAUACCAUAUAAGUGGGGCUUCCCCUUUGCACUAAUGGCUAGACACCAAAAUAGAUGGAUCACCAUGAGAUGGCCGGAGGAGGUACCACGGUUUAUGGGAGAACUGGGCCUCCCCUCUCAGUCGGUCCCCAACUGGAUCCUGGGGACACUGGGGCCGCAACCCAGACCACAAAGAGGGCCCAGACAGCGUGAGGCGAGAACUCAUCCGGCUCACAACAGCGGAAGACGUGGAGACCCGACUUCCCCGGAGGAGUGAUCAGCAUGCCUGCCUGCGUCCAAGACCACCGUAUAUCGCCCCAGGCUAACACACCCACGCCGGCACCCAGCUUUUCCUGUUCACGCAUCGUCCCUGGAGGGCUGGACCCCAAUCGCUUACCGCACGCAACCCACUUCUACCCCCUGAUGUCGAGAUGAAAAGAACGUACGGCACACCCACAGGUACUUUGGGUUAAUGUUCCGGGACAUGGAGCUUUGGGAGGGGAGAUCCUGGGUUUAAGGGCGCACACGGGAGCGGAUACCCACCUGAAGCAGGCAUGCGUGCGGGUCUCUGGGCCACCCCCUGACUCUCUACCAUGGUUGUUGCCCGACACGGGGUGGGCACAAGAUACUUUGGGGGGGGAGGGGAGAGGGACAUAAGGGGGCAACGGACAGCAGAUACCGACUGCCUGACUGGAUAUUCAGCACAAACUCAGGCAUCCUGGACGCAAAAACGGUGACCCCCCACGAAUGAGGACACUAAAUUGGGACACUUGCAUUUAAGAAAGGGUAUCUUUGAUCCAGGGAGCUGGGGGAGAGCGGGAUGGGAAGUGGGGUAGAGUGGAAUAUUUCUAACUGUUAAUGAUGCAUGCUAAUAUAACCUGUCGCUGACUGAAUCAUAUUUACUGCUAUUCCUAAUUGUACAGGCCCAUUGUUUCCUAGAGGCAUCAGAUAGAAAUAGUUUGCAGAACACCAACCGGACCCCACUGUAUCAACGGGAAGUAGCGGUCCCUUAGGGGGAAAACAAGGAGGACACGCAGACUGGUAUAUAAUCUAGACCUCAGUGCUUACAGUACCGCAGACGCACAGAUAAUUCAAAGCCCUGACUAGUAUAGGCUGCACAUACCCGCUUGCAUCUGCCUGCUUAAUCCAAGCUACGCACCCUAUUCAGCCCUCACUUACAGAUACCAACACACUUAGGUGCGCCUUCCCCCCUCACCCCCCUUAUAGGUACUGGAGAGAAUAGGGACGAAAUGACGGAAGUGAGUAUCGAAUAA